AUUCCUGAAAGAUCCAGUGCGAGAGUGACGUUACGUGGUCGUUGAGGCGAAAUGAGCUUUCAUUCUUUGCAAAUAGUAUAACGUGUUCCAGGACGAUCAGGAUGAAAAAUGACAACCAGACCUAAGUGUAUUUUAUUGCUGAUCAAUCGCCGUGAAAAUAUGACAUUUUCAUGGUUGCUCACAAAAUAAUGACGUCAAUGGGGAUUUUAAGUAAUUAUGAAGAUAAAAAAAGGAAAAGCAAUCAAGAGUGCUCGAAGGACAAUAAAGAAAGUUGUCGCAAAAAAGAAAAAGAGUUUGAGCACUGUCAGUACAAAUCAAUUCUUUGAACAGGACUUUGAAAAUGAUGUAGAUAGUAGUGAUAAUGAUGAUGAAAAUAUUCAGCCAGGAAACGCUAACAAUGCAAGUAAAAAUUCUGACAGUGAAGAGAGCGACAUGGAUCUUACAGAUCAUAAAAAAUCUCUAAUGAAAUUGAAAGAUACUGAUCCAGAAUUUUAUUCUUAUUUAAAACAGAAUGAUAAGAAAUUGUUAGACUUUAAUGUAUCAGACGAUGAGGAUGAUGACGAUGAUAAAUCUUCUGUUAAUGAUGCAGAUAUGAAACAUGUUCCAGAUGAAAAUUUAGAGAUUGCUAGUGACGAGAGUGACUAUGAGCCUGAGAAAGACGAUGCAGGAGAUACUGAUGGUCAAACAAAAGUCACACUACAGUUACUUAAAAAAUGGCAAGAGGAGAUUACGAGUGAUAAAACGUCUAACACUUUAAAAUGCAUUAUGGAAGCUUUUCAUGCAGCAUUAUUAACAAUAGAGGAACCUGUUCAACCUGAAAUGUUACCAUACAAAGUAGAUGGAAGCGCAGUAUUCAAUGGCGUCAUUCAGUUAUGCGUUCUUCACCUACCUACUGCGUUAAAGCGAUUCUUGAAAAUAGGAGCUCAAUCACGAUUCGAAGCACACAAAGCAAAAAGAUUCAUAAAAGUAAAAGGCGUAUUAAAAUCUUAUCUCACAGAUUUGAUCAAAGUUUUGCAAAAUGUAACAUCUUCAAGUAUCUUAACUGUCUUACUUAAACAUCUUCAUCAGAUGUUACCUUAUACUCAAUCGUUCUCAACAUUGAGUAAGCCAUUGUUAAGAAUUCUAUUAAAAUUAUGGUCGACAGGUGAAGAAACUGUCCGGGUUGUUGCAUUUUUAAGUAUUUUACGGUUCGCAACUGGUAAUAAAGAUUCGACGCUUGAAACGCUUCUAAAGAACAUGUAUGUUAAAUACGUAGAAAAUUCAAAAUUCGUCUCACCAACAACAUUGCCAGGGAUCAAUUUUAUGAGACAUUCAUUGGUAGAAAUAUAUUUGCUUGACAACAACCUCUCGUAUAAUCAUGCCUUCCUAUAUAUUCGACAACUUGCUAUACACUUAAGGAAUGCAAUGACUUUGAAAAAGAAGGAAAAUUUUCAAGCAGUGUAUAACUGGCAAUACAUAAACUCAUUGCGAUUUUGGGCUGAACUGAUAACAUUAUCAAAAAACCAAUCUAUGCUGCGUUCCCUCCUGUACCCAUUAGUGCAGAUUAUUACUGGUACGAUAAAAAUGAUACCAACGGCUCAAUAUUAUCCUUUGCGGUUUCAUUGUGUCCAAAUGUUAAUAAAUAUUUCAAAGCACACGGAUACCUUUGUCCCAAUAUUGCCGUUCGUUUUGGAGAUUUUAAAUUCAUACGACUUCAACAAGAGGCAUAAGUCCGUCACAAUGAAACCACUGUCACUGAUGUGUUUGCUGAGAAUGUCAAAAGCUCAGCUCCAGGAAAAUGGUUUCAAAGAUAGUGUCAUUGAGACAGUUUAUCAAUUAAUAUUGGAAAAUGCAUCGAAGGACAGUCACACGAUAUAUUUUCCAGAUCUUUAUAUCCCUUGUAUAAUGCAGCUAAAAUCAUUCCUCAAGAAGUGUCACGUAGCGAAUUACUGUAGAAAGAUUAAGCAGCUCAUGGACAAGAUCGAAGAAAACAGAAAAUACAUUGAGACAGAACGUAUCAAAACAACAAUUGAUUUAAAGGAUAUAACACAGAUAAAAAAUUGGGAGAAUGGCAUAAAGAAUCAGGGCACGCCAUUGGAGAAAUUCUAUGUCUCCUGGAACAAGGUUCAUCAAUCCCAAAAAUUGAAGCUCCUAACACAAAACGACCAGGAAGCCGAAUACAAUUUGCCAACCAUCAGACGAGGGAAGAAGAACAGAAUGCCAGAUGACAAUGAUGAGGGUGACAGUGACCUGGACAUCCCCGUGGAGGAGAUGGAGAAGAAAUUAAAGAAGGCCAAAACAGCUAAGAAGAAGAAAAUCAGUCGCACAGAAAACGUGGAUGAUCUUCCACGAGAGAAUACUGAUAUUGUUCAGGACAUGAGUGUUAACGACUGGGACUAGGAUUGAUUUAAGAAUUUUUUCAUAGCAUCUUUUUGCGCAUCAAUUCAGUGCUACUGAAAAAUAAGUAUAUAUUUAAUAAAAUGAAAUUAUAUAAAUGUCUCGUGACACAAGUA